UUAACUGCACACAAUGUACAACGGAAUUCGAGGGUAAAACUCUCGUUUGCACUUAGUUUGGCGUCGGUGAAAAGUUGUGAUUGUGAUAAUGUAUUAACAAAAUAUUUUAAAAGUUCGUGGAGACAUAAGUCCUCAAAAAAAAAAUCUUUUGGUUAUGUUGUAAAAAUAUACGUAAGUAAAGUAAUAAUAAUUAAAAUUUAUAUGUUUUUAAAUAAGAAAAUAAAUAUUCUUUAAAAUGUAAAAUUAUUGUGGAAGUAUAAAAUCAAAAUAAAUAAUUUGAAUUAAAAAAAAAAAUAAAACAUUUUUUGACGAAAGUGUAAGAAGUGAGAAUGUUACAAUUAAUUAAAUUGUCAUUAAAUAUAUUUUAAAUUUAUUGGUAGUAAAUAAUUCACGUUUUUAGACUAAUAAGAACAAUGUCUGAAUCUUCUAAAAUGGGCCUAUUUGGCUCCAAAGAGGAAAACAACGCUCGUUUAAAUAGUGAACAACAAAAUAAAGAUGAAUCUCCAGAACGUUAUGCACCAUACAGUGUUGAUAGUGAUUCAGAAACUUAUGAUACAGAAGCAUUGAGUAUAAUGGAUAUUAAUGAUAUAAUUGGUGUUCAAUCAGAACCCGCUGAUUCAACAUUAGAAAGUGAAAUAGCAGCUUUAUCUAAAAUCAUUACUGACUCCAAAACUGAAAUUACCGACAAAACUAUCAAAAAUGAUAAAGUAGAUGUAAAUAAAAGUGAAAUUCCACCAUCAAUUAAUUUAUUAACAAACUUAAAAGAUAAAAACUCUGAUAGCUUUAUAAAAAGUAAUGACAGUGGUAAAAUUGGUAGUACAGAUUCUCAACUAGACUCUUGUGAUGCAUCGAAUCCAUUAAGUAUUGAGAAAAAUGAAAAUGAAUUAGUAAAACAUGAAGAUAUAUCGAAAAAUUUUGAAGUAAAAGAAAUAGGAGAAAAUAAUAAAAAUUCAAAUGUUAAAGAUGUAUUAAGUAUCAAUCAAAGCCUUCAGUUAAUUGGAGACGCUUAUACUUCUGAAGAUUCUCAAGGUACUGAAUUAGAUGAAGUUGGUAAAGAACCAAAAGUUGUAUUUUCUUGUAAACCUCUUGUGGAUAAACAAAAUAGUAAAAUAAAUGAUAAAAGUAAUAUUGAAACUAUUGAAUCAAUCUAUAGUAGUAUUGUUGACGUUACUACGUCAGUAAGGAAUGAAAAUAUUGAACUUAAUAAAGUUGGAGAAAAAUCAUCACGAGAAUCUGUAGAUUUAGUUCCUGAAAACGAUAUUAAAUGUACUGACCGAAUUAAUCAUGGUAAUGACUCACAAGAUUUAAGUAAAUUAGAUGAUAUAAAUAAAAUAAUGGUUGAAACAAUUUUUAUGGAGAAAAAGUUAUCAGUAGAAGCACCAAUCACUGUUUUUGCUGAAUCUACAUCUUUAGAAAACGUUAUACAAUCACCUACCCAGGACCAUCAACAAAAUUUAAAGGAUAAAAAUGAUUCUAUAUCUCAAGAAACAGUUAAAAUUAAUUCAAACAAUUGUCAGCAAAUUAAUUCCAAUGUAAAUGACGUUGAAUUACAUGAAAUUGAUACAGAAAUCAAGAAAGUUAUUAGCCCAGUCAAAACGGAAGUCGAUGAUAAUAAUAAGAAUAAUAUAAUACCUAAUUUUGACGACACAUCAAUGGACAUCAUUGAAAAUUUUGAAUCUCUAGUUACUCCAAUUUUAACAAAUGAACAAGUUGUAAGUAUUCCAGACACAGCUGAAGAAAUAAUAAAUGAAACAAGUUCAACAGAAAAUACCAAGGAGGAUGAUAACAAUCAGUUAACUUCUGAAAUAAGUUCAGAGUGUGUAAGUGGUAUUGUUGAAGAGUUAAAUCCAGAUAUACAUGAAAAACUUCAUUCGGAAAAACAAACGACAAGUUCUGAUGUUAUUAAAAUAUCAAUAGUCGAAGUGGUUGAAGAAAAUCUUUCAAGUAAAGAAAAUAAGUCAGAAGAAACUAACGAAAUAAUAGCAAAAAAUGAAAGUGAAAUGAAAGAAAUUAUGGAUAUUGAACCACUAGAUACAAAAGAUAAAACUGUUGAUAAAAGUGAAACGAUAGAAAGUGAAAUAAUUGAAUCUAUAAUAGAAUGUGAAAAAUCAGAAAUAUUGCCUAAUUCUUCAUUAGAAAGUAAAGAAAAAGUGACGGAAAAUAUGAUACAAGAAAACACUCCACAAAGUAUUAGUGUUAUUGAAAUUGAAACUAAAGAAGAAGAAACUAAUGAAAAAGAUAUUAAUUGUUCAGAAGAAUCUUUAAAAAAUAUUAAAUUAGAUGUAUCUAAUGAAAGUGUAACAGCAAUUAAAGAUGAUGAUAAAGAUGAUAUUCCAAAAACAAAUAUUGAUAAUGAUAGUCAUCAAUCACUGGUUGAAAAUGAUGAAAAACUAGAUAAUAAAAAUAUAGAACAAAAUAAUUGUCUAAAUAUUCAAUCAGAUAUAGAGAUUUCAUUAGAAUCAACGAAAGAGCCGAUAGAAUCAGAUGUUAAUUUAUUAGAAUCACCUUCUCAGAAUAUUAUCAGAGAUAAUGAACAAUUAUCAAUUUUACAAGUAACGUCCGAAACAGAUGAAAAAUUGGAUCAUAUUGAUACAGAAAUUGUAAUGACUAGUGAAAAUAAUAAAAACAUAGUAGUAAAUAAAACGAAUGAAAUUGAACAAAAUAAUUCGGAACUGUCUGAAGAAAAAAUAGACGAAUCUAUUACUGAUUUAAAAUUAAAUCUUAAUACUCAAAAAGUUGAUAAUGAGGCUACUAUUACUGAAAGUUCUGAAAAUCUUUCGGAAAUAAAAUCUGAUAUAAUUGAAGAAGUUGAAAAGAAUAUUUCAUCAAAAUCUGGUGACUUAGAUGAAAAAACUUGUCCAGAUUCUCGACAUUCUGAAAAUCCAUUAGUUGGUUUAUUAGAUCUUGAUCUUACCUCAAACUUGGAAAAAUCGGUAAAUAGUGACGAAGCCAUUGUAAAUAGUGCAAUUACUGAAGAUUCUUCAGAAGAAGUUUUGACUAAACUUGAAAAAAGUUCAAUUCUCGAUUUACUACUUAUUUCAAAACCAGAAAAUGAAUCAAAUAAUCAAAUAAAUAGUUUGCUUAAUGAUGUUAUUGAAACUUUAGUUGAAACAGAAACUUCAGAACUUGACUGUAAUAUAGAGAAUGAAAAUGAUAAACAGACUGAGGAAACAGAGGAGAAAAAAAUAAUGAAAAAUUCUAAAGAAUUAAAUGAUAAAGAUAAUAAUUGCCUUGAAGAAAUAAUAACAAGUACUGAUAAUAUAGAGCCAGAAAUAAAUGAAAAUUUCGGUUUUAUUUCAAAAGAAAAAUUAAAAUCAGUUGAUGUAAAGGAUACAGUAGACGUAAAUUCUAUUACUGAAGUCUUACAAACAAAUCCAGAGAUAUCUGAAUUAGAAUCAGCUGUUAAAUUUCUUCAAGAGUCUGAAGAACAGGAAGAGGAAUUAGAAUCAGAUUUAACAUCAAAAAUACUUAAUGAUACAGUAAAUGAAUUAAUUCAAAGAGAAAAUUUUCCAGCUAUCUACACGCCUGAUGCAAAAAUUUGUCAAGAUUUACCAGAAUCUGAGCCAGAAUUUGAAACAUCGACUAGCGAAUCAAUAGCAAUAUCUGAAGCUGAAAUAAUAUCAGAAGCAGCUAAAUUAGAAAGUGAACGGAAACAAUUAAAUGAAGAAGCACAAGUAACAAUUAAUCAAGAGUGUGAUCUUAAGGUUAAUGAAAAAUGUGAUGCUCUUAAGACUCAAAUUCAACCUGUAAGUGAACAAGAUGAAAUAGUAAAUAUUGACAUAAACAUCGAGUCAAAUCCAUCGCAAUGUUUAUUAACUAAAAAAUCAAUAAAUAUUCCAAAAUCAUCAAUUUUAGAAGAACGAUUAAAAGAACCACCAAAAAUUGAAAUUCCAAUUGUAGAAUCUGUGAAGACAUGUUAUGAAUCAAUAACUCCAAAGUCAAAUUUAUUAAUUCAACAAGAUGCUAGAGUGUCAACUUAUGAGCAAAUGAUGGAAUCGUCAAAAACUGAUAUAGAUAAAAUAAAAGACGACAAUAAAACAACUGAUGGUUUACGAAAAGAUUCUGAAAGACACGAAGUUGAAAAUAUUAGUUCACCAUCAAGAAUUAUUUUAAAAAUAGCUAAAUCAGCAAUCGCUGGUUGUGGAGAACCUAAAUCACCAAAAAGUCCAAAAGUACGUUCGACAACAGAUUCUCCGAAUCCUGAAGAUAGUCCUGGACAAAAGCUUGAAAAAAUAAAAUUAAAAUUAUCAAAAAGCGGGCAUCCUUCUAUUAUUCCAAAUGAACAUAUAAAAGAAACAUCAAUGCAAUGGCAUACAGAAAGUUCUUCAUCACUUUCGCCUAUUGGAAUAAAAAGAAAAUUUUCAAAUGUUCAACAAGAAUCAAAAGAAACAUCUAAACAUAAAGUAGAAUCAAUUACAGAUUCUCCAAAACGCACAGAGUCCCCAAUAGCAAUGAAAAUAAAAUUGUCAAAAAGUGGAGAUGCUUCAAUUAUUCAAUCUGAUACACAAGAUGAUGAAUUGAAGGAAAUUAAAAAUAAAGAUAAAAUGGAAUUUUUACAAGAAUCAAAAAGAACAGAAUCACCAUUAGGUGUAAAAAUAAAACGUCUUAAAACAGGUGAUUCGUCAAUUUUGUCUUGUGAUUAUGAAGAUGGAAGUAGCACAAAAUUAAAAGAAAAAGGAGAAAUUCAAGACAACCAAAAACGAACUGAUUCACCAAUUGGAGUAAAAAUGAAAUUUUCAAAAAAAAGCGGUGCUUCUAUUAUAUCAGGAGACACUACAAGUGAUAAUAAAGAUAAAUUAGAAAUUCCAGAAGCUCCUAGACGGACGGAAUCACCUUUAGGAACGAAAAUAAUAAAAAUGUCAAAGACUGGAGAUGCUUCUAUUAUUUAUUCAGAAGUAUCUAAUGACCAAGAUAAUCAAGCAUUUGAAUCAAGUCAAACAUCAAUUUCACUCGAAUCUUCAAGUUCCAAAGACAUAGACUCAAUUAAUGUCUUUAAAAAAUCAGAAUCACCUAUAGCAAUGAAGAUAAAGGUGUCUAAAGAUGGUGAAGCUAAAAUUAUUCAGUCUGAAAGACAAGAAGAAAAUCAACAACUGUCUGAAAUACACGAAGAACAUGAUAGUAGAGCUUCAAAAUCUGGAGAUUUAGUAAGAAUUGAAUCUAUGAAAAUAAAAGUACCAAAAAGCGGUCAUCCAAUGAUUGUAACUAAUGAUACUGAAUCAUUACACAAUAAAGAUUCAACCGAAGUUCAACGUGCAUUUACACAAAAACGAGAACAACUUACUAAUAGGUCAGAAGUAACUAUUGAACCAAUAAAUUUUAAUAGAAAACAAGAAGAAUCAUCAGAACAAUCAUCAAAACGUAAAGAUGUUAAUGCAUGUUCUUUUGAGUCGAAAAAAACUAAAUUGGAAACAAAACUAUCACAAAUUCUUCCUGAAGUAACAAUUCAGCCUAUUGUGCCAAGAGAACAACAGCAGCAACAUCAAAAUCAAGUAGAAUUCAAUGAAUCAAGUACAAACAUAAUAAGUCGCCAGCAAAGAAAUGUUAUUAAUCAAGAAAUUAGUAUAACUCAUGUAAAAUCAGCGAAACCUACUUCGGAUGUUAUUGGAGGAAAAUUAAAAAGUAUAUUAACUCAACCACCAAACAAUAUGUCUGAUGAUUGUGAAAUAAUUGAACAACAUCCAGAACUUAUAAUUGUUAAUGAAAAUUCAAAUUCAAGUCAAGAUAUUAUGAUAAUCGAUGAGGUACCACCAAUAAGAGUACCAGAUGUUAAAAUACCAAAAAAACGAGGUAGACCUAGACGAAAUGCUUUACCAUUUCAACAUCCAGAUACUGAAAUAAAUCAAGAUCCUUUAGCAAUCGAUGAUACACCUUUUAUUGUAAGUACAGUAGAACCGAAAGAAAAUGAAAGACCAAAAAGAACAUGUCGAAGUCAAAAAAGUUAUGCGCCACCUAAAAGAGGACGUGGACGUGGUCGUGGUAAAAGAAAAUUUGAUCGAUUGGAUGUUUCAAUUAGUAAAAAAGCAAGAUUAGAACAAAAUUUAACGGCGAUUGAAAAUUCUACAACAGCAUUGAUAACUUUAGAUGAAGAAUCAACAUCAUCAGAAAUUCAAAAUGAUUCUUCAGAACUUUACAAAGCAUUACGACAACCAUUAAAAGAUUCUUUAUUAGAAUCUACGAUAAUGUCACAAUUAGAUGAUGAUGGUACACCAUCUCCUAAAUUAAACCAAGUUCGUGUAGUUGUUUCUGAUCAUUUAAAGACAACUACUGAUAAUAUUAAAGAUUCAAAAGAAUCUUCUGGUACUCCAGAUCAUCAAAAUUGGCUUACACCAUUAUCAAAAAAACAAAUUGAUAACAAUCGUAAUGAUGGAAUAUCUAUGGUUCAAGUUAUGGAUGAAGAAACACGUAUGAGUGCUGAAUCUGGUUCUAGAUCUCAAACACCCGCUAGAAACAUUCCCAAUCAAGAAGCAACAAUUAAUGAAGAAUCUCAAGGGAGUGUCUUAAGUACAGCAACAACAGAAUCAGAAAAAGUUAAAGUUAGAAACCGAAGAAUGGAAAUAAAUUUUGAUCCAGACGAAGGACCAUUUACAGUUGAUAAAAUAGCUGAGUAUGAAUGGCCAUUAGAUCGUAAAGGCGAAACAUUUAUGAUCCAAGAACAAAUAUCGCAGUAUCUUGGUGUUAAAUCAUUUAAAAGAAAAUAUCCAGAUUUAAAAAGACGUAUGGUUGAUAUGGAAGAAAGAAAUUAUUUAAGAGAAAAUUUACUUGUUAAUGAAGCAAUGUGUGAUAUGGGAUUAACAGCAAUUUGUAGUUCAGAAGUACUUGAUAUUAUGUGUAGUGAUUUUCCUGAUCAAUAUGAAGAAUAUCGAAAGCAUAUGCGUGAAAAACAAAUAAAAGAACAUUCAAAAAAACAAAAAGAACUUACAGCAGCUGCAAAUGCUGAAAAAAAUCGUAUUGAUCUUGCUGAAAUGGCUGUUCAAUCAGCAUUAUCAUGGAAUGUUAAUUUUAAUAAAGCAAGAAAUGAAUCACGAAGAUGUAGUUUAGAUCUUCAAACAUUUACAAUUCAUGUGCCGACAAAACAACCUAAGAUUAAUGAUGAAAGGAAAAGUAGUCAUUAUCCAGUAGCUCUUAUUCCUGGACAAUAUACUGAUUAUUAUAAAGAAUACACUCCAGCAGAAUUGAGAUAUUAUCCUUUAAAUACUGUUCUUUAUGGACCAAUGAGGCCUAAUGAAAGAAAAUUCGAUAGUCAAUCUGAAGGUUCUCAAAGUGACAGUGAUAGUGAUUCAUCUUCUGAUGAUUCCAGCUGUUCGUCUAGUGAAGGUACCCAAGACACAGAAGAAUCACAAUCAACAAUGGAUGAUGUAGAUAUUGAGUUAUCGAAUCAAAAAGACAAAUCAUUCAAAUGUAAAAUGUGUCUGAAGCAUUUAAAUAAAAAUAAUAAGACAGAAGUUUUAAUUCAAUGUGGUACCUGCCAUGGACAUGUACACCCGUCUUGUUUAGAUUUGACUCUAGAUAUGGUGCCUCAUAUCCACGCUUAUGCUUGGCAGUGUACAGAUUGUAAAACGUGUGCACAAUGUCAUGAUCCAGCGGAUGAAGACAAAAUGUUAUUUUGCGAUAUGUGUGAUAGAGGAUACCACAUUUAUUGUGUUGGCUUAAGAAGAGUACCACAAGGAAGAUGGCAUUGUCAAGAAUGUGCGAUUUGCGCUAGUUGUGGCUCGAGAGAAGCUGGUGGUAUUAAUGCUGAUCGAAAUAGCGUAGCACAAUGGCAACACGAGUACAAAAAAGGCGAUAAAAAUACAAAAGUUUACGUUUCGACUCUCUGUGUACCUUGCUCCAAGCUAUGGAGGAAAGGUCGUUAUUGCCCACAUUGCAGUCGCUGUCAUACUGCAUCAAGACUCGACAUGGAAGAAAAUCUAGUGCACUGCAGUGCAUGCGACAAAUAUCUGCACUUAGAUUGUGUGGAGAACAAGAUAAUCGAUAAAAAAAAUUAUCAAUGUGAUGUUUGCAUGCAAAAUCGCCAACGAAUAAUUAAAUCUUCGGUAUCCAAAGUCAUUAGAGCAUAAAUAAAAAAACAUUUUCAACAAUAAUUAAUUCAACAUCUAUUUGGGAGUUAAAGACUGUUUAAUUGGUUACUUACGAGAAAAAAAAGAAAUUUUUUUUUUUUUUUUUUUUUGACAAUUCUUUGUUUCUAUAAUUAAUCAUGCUUUUAAAAUUAAAUUACAAUAAUUAUUACUUUAAAACGAAACAAUUAUCGUAAUACUAUUUGUAUAAUUAUUUUAUGUAAAGUGACACAUUGAUGAAACAAUCUUGUUUAACUAUGUUUGUUGUAAUAUUAACAAUUUCGAUGUACAAUCUAGUAUUAUUAAUAUUUGUUUAUCAUUAUCAAUGAAAAAAAAAAGAUAA